AUGGUCUCUACAUCCGUGACACUCGCCUCGCUGGCGUCUUUAGCCCUCGCAACAAUCUCGGGAGAUGCCACAAAACGAACUACUGGUUAUGUUAACUCAGUUUAUUUUGUUAAUUGGGGAAUCUACCAACGAAACUUCCAGCCUCAGGAUUUACCCGCUUCCGACUUAACCCACGUGUUUUAUUCCUUCAUGGACGUCCUAGCCGAUGGAACUGUUUACACAAAAGACACAAAUGCUGACUUGGAAAACCAUUAUGAUGGCGAUUCUUGGGACGAAAUUGGUAAUAAUGCCUAUGGAUGCGUCAAACAGCUCUAUUUAUUUAAGAAGGCCAACCGCAAGCUUAAGAUCAUGCUCUCUAUCGGCGGAUGGACUCGGUCAACCAACUUCCCGUCUGCUGCGAGCACCGCAACCAAUCGUGAGACAUUUGCAAAAUCUUCUGUCGCAAUUAUGAAAGAUUGGGGCUUUGACGGGAUCGAUAUAGACUGGGAAUACCCCGGUGAUGAUACUGACUCUGCCAAUAUGAUUCUACUUCUGCAGGCAGUUCGUGAUGAACUGGAUGCUUACGCUACUCAGUAUGCGUCCAAUCAUCACUUUCAAUUGUCAAUUGCUGCCCCUGCUGGCUCAGACCACUACAAAAAGCUACACCUAUCCGAACUUGGCAGGGUAGUAGACUACAUCAAUUUGAUGGCUUAUGACUAUGCUGGUUCUUGGAGUAGCUAUUCUGGCCAUAACGCUAAUCUUUUCGCCAAUACUGAGCAACCAAACAGGACUCCUUUUAAUACUGACAGCGCUGUUCAGGAUUACCUUAAUGGUGGUAUUCCUGCAGAGAAGCUAAUAUUAGGUAUGCCUAUCUACGGCCACUCAUUCCAGGGCACGACUGGCAUCGGUCAAGAAUUUACAGGUACAGGGUCUGGCAGUUGGGAGAACGGGGCAUGGGACUAUAAGGAUCUACCUAAAGCAGGUGCCACGGUUAAAUAUGAUAGCAUUGCUCAAGCAUCUUAUAGCUACGAUUCAAGGACUCAGGAACUCAUAUCCUUUGACGCUCCAGACGCCAUCAAGAAGAAGAUCUCAUACUUGCAAGACUUAGGGCUGGGUGGAAGCAUGUUCUGGGAAGCGUCGGCUGAUAAGAAUGGCUCGGAUUCACUUAUUACUACCAGUGCAGCAAGUCUUGGUUCUCUUGAUGGUACAAGGAAUUGGUUAGACUAUCCAAAUUCUCAGUACCAGAAUAUAGUAGCAGGGAUGCAAUAA